GCGCGGCGGCCGAACGGCCGGUUCCGGCUGAAUGUCAGUGCGGGGCUGUAGGCUGGGGAUCAAGGUGCUUGGCGGUCUCUCCACCGCCCCCGCCGCUGCCGGUUGGGCUUGAGAUGUCGCCACGGGCACCGGGCCGCUGAGCGGAUCGGACAUGAAACCGUGAGGCGGGCGACGGGGCUGGUCUGCGGACAUGUUUGGCCGCUCACGGAGCUGGGUGGGCGGGGGCCACGGCAAGUCCUCCCGCAACAUCCACUCCUUGGACCACCUGAAGUACCUGUACCAUGUUUUAACCAAAAACACCACUGUCACAGAACAGAACCGGAACCUGCUUGUGGAGACCAUCCGCUCCAUCACUGAGAUCCUGAUUUGGGGCGAUCAAAACGACAGCUCUGUGUUUGACUUCUUCUUGGAGAAGAACAUGUUUGUUUUCUUCUUGAACAUUCUGCGGCAGAAAUCAGGCCGUUAUGUGUGUGUCCAGCUGCUACAGACCCUGAACAUUCUCUUUGAGAACAUCAGUCACGAGACAUCACUCUAUUAUUUGCUGUCUAAUAACUAUGUAAAUUCGAUCAUUGUCCAUAAAUUUGACUUUUCCGACGAGGAGAUCAUGGCGUAUUAUAUAUCGUUCCUGAAAACACUUUCAUUAAAGCUCAACAACCACACUGUCCAUUUCUUUUACAAUGAGCACACCAAUGACUUUGCCCUGUACACAGAAGCCAUCAAGUUUUUCAAUCAUCCUGAAAGUAUGGUUCGAAUUGCUGUGAGAACCAUCACCUUGAAUGUCUACAAAGUGUCAUUGGAUAAUCAGGCCAUGCUGCACUACAUCAGAGACAAAACCGCUGUCCCGUACUUCUCCAAUUUGGUCUGGUUCAUUGGGAGCCACGUGAUUGAACUUGACAACUGUGUACAGACAGAUGAGGAGCACCGGAAUCGGGGGAAGCUGAGUGACCUGGUGGCUGAGCACCUGGACCACCUGCACUACCUCAAUGACAUCCUGAUCAUCAACUGUGAGUUCCUCAACGACGUGCUCACAGACCACCUGCUCAACAGGCUCUUCCUGCCUCUCUACGUCCACUCCCUGGAGAAUCCCGACAAGGGAGGAGAACGGCCGAAAAUCAGCCUGCCUGUGUCCCUCUAUCUUCUCUCCCAGGUCUUCCUCAUUAUACAUCAUGCCCCGCUGGUGAACUCUCUGGCUGAAGUCAUUCUGAAUGGCGAUCUGUCUGAGACAUAUACGAAGCCUGCACAGGAUGCUCCCAGAAGUUCUGCCAAGCCCAGCAUCCGGUGCUUCAUUAAGCCCACUGAGACACUGGAGCGGUCCCUUGAGAUGAACAAGCACAAGGGCAAGAAGCGGAUGCAAAAGAGACCCAACUACAAAAACGUUGGGGAGGAGGAAGACGAGGAGAGAGGGUCUGCAGAAGAUGCCCAGGAAGACGCUGAGAAGACUAAAGGUACAGAGGGUGGUUCAAAAAGCAUGAAGACAAGUGGGGAGCGUGAAGAGAUUGAGAUGGUGAUCAUGAAGCUUGGCAAGCUCUCAGAAGUGGCCACUGCCGGGGCCUCGGUGCAGGGGCAGAACACCACAGACGAGGAGAAGAGCGCUGCCACAAGCUCAGAGAACGCACAGUGGAGCAGACCCUUCCUGGAUAUGGUGUACCAUGCCCUGGACAGCCCUGACGAUGAUUAUCAUGCCCUCUUCGUGCUCUGCCUCCUCUACGCCAUGUCUCAUAACAAAGGCAUGGAUCCUGAAAAACUAAAACGAAUCCAGCUCCCAGUGCCAAGUGAAGCUGAGAAAACCACCUACAACCAUCUGCUGGCAGAGAGACUCAUCAGGAUCAUGAACAAUGCUGCCCAACCAGAUGGCAAGAUCCGGUUGGCUACACUGGAGCUGAGCUGCCUGCUCCUGAAGCAGCAAGUACUGACCAGCUCUGGCUGUGUCAUCAAGGAUGUGCACCUGGCCUGCCUGGAGGGUGCAAGAGAAGAGAGUGUCCACCUUGUACGUCAUUUCUAUAAGGGAGAAGAGAUUUUUUUGGACAUGUUUGAAGAUGAAUACAGGAGCAUGACAAUAAAGCCCAUGAAUGUAGAGUAUCUCAUGAUGGAUGCAUCCAUCCUCCUGCCCCCAACGGGCACUCCACUGACUGGCAUCGACUUUGUGAAGCGGCUGCCAUGUGGUGAUGUGGAGAAGACACGGCGGGCCAUCCGGGUAUUCUUCAUGCUGCGAUCCCUGUCACUGCAGCUGCGAGGGGAACCUGAGACCCAGUUGCCACUGACUCGAGAGGAGGACCUGAUCAAAACAGACGAUGUCUUGGAUCUGAACAACAGUGACUUGAUUGCAUGCACAGUCAUCACCAAGGAUGGCGGUAUGGUCCAGAGGUUCCUGGCUGUGGACAUUUACCAGAUGAGCCUGGUGGAGCCUGACGUGUCCAGACUCGGCUGGGGAGUGGUUAAGUUUGCUGGCCUUCUGCAGGACAUGCAGGUGACAGGAGUGGAGGAUGACAGCCGCGCCCUGAACAUCACCAUCCACAAGCCUGCCUCCAGCCCGCACUCUAAGCCCUUCCCUAUCCUGCAGGCCACCUUUGUGUUCUCUGACCACAUCCGCUGCAUUAUUGCCAAGCAGCGCCUAGCCAAGGGCCGCAUCCAGGCCAGGCGCAUGAAGAUGCAGAGGAUAGCCGCCCUUCUGGACCUCCCAAUCCAGCCGACAACGGAAGUCCUGGGAUUUGGACUCUGCUCCACCUCCUCCCAGCACCUGCCCUUCCGUUUCUAUGAGCAGUGCCGCCGAGGCAGCAGUGACCCCACAGUGCAACGCUCUGUGUUUGCGUCGGUAGACAAGGUGCCAGGCUUUGCUGUGGCCCAGUGCAUAAACCAGCAUAGCUCUCCGUCCCUGUCAUCACCGUCACCACCAUUUGCCAGCGGGAGCCCCGGUGGCAGCGGGAGCACCAGCCACUGUGACUCAGGAGGCUCCUCCUCUGCACCCUCAGCAACUCAGAGCCCGGCAGAUGCCCCCACAACUCCAGAACAGCCUCAGCCUCACCCAGACCAGUCAUCAGUGAUUGGGAAUGAAGUAGAUGUCAACUCCAAGCCCAGCAAGAACCCGUCGGCCAGGAGCUCUGAGGGGGAGACCAUGCACCUGUCCCCCAGCCUCCUCCCCGCCCAGCAGCCCACCAUCUCCUUGCUCUACGAGGACACUGCUGACACACUGAGUGUUGAGUCGCUGACCCUUGUCCCCCCGGUCGAUCCCCACAGCCUUCGAGCCCUCUCUGGCAUCUCCCAGCUCCCCGCAAUGGCUGCAGCAGAUUCGGAGACCCCAGCUGAGGGUGCUGUAAGCCCAGAGCCUGCGGGCCCCACAGAGCACUGAGUGGGCACCAGAGAUCUCCUUUUGUGUGUGCGGCCCGCUGGCAGGGACCCCCGUGCAGUUUGUGACAGCAAGACACACUGGGAACACCCACAAUUCUCCACAGCCCUGAAAACUGUCCUUUAUACCUCUCCCUACAAGACAGCAACCAAGCACUCGUUUGCUCUGACCUCUUGCUGAGCGGACUGGGACCCUAGCGACAGCCUCCUGUGACAGACAUGGCAUUGGCCACCUCAGAGGGGCCUGGGGCCCUGACCCGCUGGCUCCCUCCUUCAGGCAGCUCCUCUGUCUUCUCUCCCAGGCUGCACGGAAGCGGACAAGGUUACUUGGGUAGAAAUCUGUGGAGAUGCAAACCUAGAUAAACAUCUCUUUGGGCUAUUUAUUUCUGUUUUGGGAAACAGAUGAAGAGAUUUAUUUUAAAAGAAUCUAUUUUGGGGGAGGGGCAAAAAAAAAGUCCUCAACCAUAAGGCUCGGAGUCACGUUAGUGUCAGCUGUGACGAUUCCCGUCCCUAGAACUUCUCCAUGUUUUUAUUCUGAAGUUGUGGGUGUCGCUUCCUCCGUCUUCCUGGGUGAUUCUUUCUCUCUCCCCAACUCUGCAAGCCUCUGAGAUGAUGAAGCCUCUCCCUGAAACACGGAGGCGCUUUCAGACCAAGUGAGAGACCUGGACAUGCUCAGGGUGCAUGGGGUGAGGAGGCCAGAAGCCUCUACUCCCACGUGACCUGAUGACCUGCUCCCGCUCAGGAUGCCACCUUCUCUUCCUUCUCUCUUCCUCCAAGAAAGAUCCAUUGACAGGAAUCAAAGGAUUUAAGGCACAGAAAGUCAUGCUCAGAUGUAAUCAGCUUCCCAAGAUGCAAGUGGAUGCCCAGCUAGGGGCCCAGCUGCAAAACAGGUGACCAAAAGCAGAAUCUCACCCUUCCCCACACAAUCCUCUCCCUUGCUGCCACCACACAGCUUGUUUAUGAAAACUCCAUAUUUCUAGGCAUGUGCCAGCAAGGACCAGAUCUGUCCCAUGUGGGCCCCAGCCUUCCUCUGUGUUCACCAGCCAGGUCACCACCCCAGGCUCCAUGGCAAUGCCUCUAUGGCUCUCCUGUAGAUUUGGCCUCACAGUUUCAGGAUCCACCAAAGGCGAGCUACACAGGUACCCCUCAGACAUGUGUCACCGUCUGCUCCUCGUUAGACCUUGACACUCUGUUAGCUGAUGUCACUGCAAGCCCCAAUGCUCAGUCUUCCAAGGGAAAGCAAUGCACCCUGGGAAGGUAGUGAUGUCCAUGUGUACUGGCUUCUCUGGUCUUUAAAAGCACUCCUGAAACAGAAGGCUGGGUCAGGAAGUGAACCACCCUUGCCACCCGAAAGGCCCUGGCAAAGAAGGGCUGUAGGACACUUAGCCCCUGGGAAGAGAGGAGAUUGAUGGCCACUGAGAACUAGAGCUCUCUGGACCCCACAGCCAACCUUGGUUGUUUCUUGCUCAUUUGCAGGGAGGGGUAGACAGAGGAGCAGGCUAUCCCUGUCUUUCGCACAACUCUACACUACGGGUUUUGAAAUGACAGUUGCUAGGGCAGCGUAAACAUUAUACAAUUCAAGUGACUCUCCCCCCUACAGUGUGGUCUUCAGAGAAAAGCCCAUACUGUACAGGUCGCCCCAUCCUUCUGUGACUAGCUUCUUUCUUGCCAUCCAGAGGUUUCAAGGAAGGGAAAAGAUUGUAUCCAAGGUGGUCAGCAAACCCUGAAAGGGUAGCUGCUAUGUAAAAUUCACCAAGAACAAGCCUGUCCCCACAGCUGGCUCCCAAAGGGUUCCUGCAGCCAGGAGCCUAAGACAUACCUCCAGGUGAGCAAAGAUGGACUUCCUAUGACCAGAGUUAUGACCCAUUGCUGAUGAAGGGUGGGGUCCUGGAAGAAGCAACAGGACCUCGGGACCCAGAAGGAGGACACUUUCUCACCUAGGUCUUGGUGGCAAUGGAUACAACCCAGUCUUCAGGAGCACUCUGCUAACUUGGCAGCUGUGCUCUCCAGACAGACCUAGCCAGUGAGAACCCACUGAGUCUCAGUAGGACUAAGGGAUACCAGGUCCAGUAAUCCCACAGCUCCUGACCUGGAGGUCCCAGAGUCAGCCUCCAAAAUCAUUGUCCCAUCUCCCAGGCCAUGCAUUCUAUGUCUGCCCUGGUCACCCUCCAGUCUGCAACUGCCCCAGGGCAGACUAGCAGAGCUGGCCUCUAAAUCCCUCACCUUAGCUUUGAUGGUCACCAUGGAGACGUACAGUACUGCCUCCUCCUGUUUGGAGUCUUAGGCAGGUGGGACACUUCCCACAGGUCAGACUCAGUGUAGCAGUGAGCUCCUUAUUUGGUGGAAGUGGUGGAAGAGGCUUCCAGAGCUGACCCCUCUCUGCUGCUCUACCCACCCAGACAGUUGCAUUGCCAGGAGCUGGCUGGCUGCAUCCUAAGGAUGGUACUGGCUUUCUCUGUGGCCUCUGAAAUGCUGUUGUACAUAAGGCGUGGGUAAACCAAGUCUGAUCUUUUGUAGAUGCAAUAAAUAUAUUUCACACAGUCACAAUGGGCAGAAGGUUAAAUGUUUCUUCCCUCCCUCAGAGCUGAAGCUGUGAGGAAAAAGGGGGGGGAGGGGGCAAGGAGGCUGAGUUGGGAAGGUCUGGCCAGGGAAGUGCCUGCGCCUGCCAGCAGGACUCAUACUCUGUGGGGACUGAACCUGAGGGGAGGAAUGAAAGCUAGAACUUUCUUGUAAUUUGAAACUUGGCAAUAAAAAGCAAAACCAAUGG